UCAUUCGUUCGUUUGGGAGGAGUUGCUGCGACCGCCAUUGUUACAGUUCCUUCGCAUUAAAGAACGUGAUUAGUGAAUCUGUAGAUUUGCUUUUCGUGAGGUUGUAUCGUUUUAACGUGAAUCGUUUAUAGAUUUGAGGUGAAAAAUAUAUACGAAUAUCAGUGAACGUAUUAUAUCGACAUAGCAUGUCCACGAUGAAUCCUGAAUAUGAUUAUUUGUUUAAAUUAUUGUUAAUUGGAGAUUCUGGAGUUGGAAAAUCGUGUUUGCUAUUACGUUUUGCUGAUGAUACGUACACAGAAAGUUACAUCAGUACUAUUGGUGUAGACUUUAAAAUACGAACAAUUGAUUUAGAUGGAAAAACAAUUAAAUUGCAAAUCUGGGAUACAGCGGGUCAAGAAAGAUUUAGGACAAUUACAAGUUCUUAUUACAGAGGUGCGCAUGGUAUUAUUGUUGUUUAUGAUUGCACAGACCAAGAUACAUUUAAUAAUGUUAAACAAUGGUUGGAAGAAAUUGAUCGUUAUGCCUGUGAUAAUGUCAAUAAACUUCUGGUUGGAAACAAAUGUGAUCUUCAUACUAAAAAAGUAGUCGAUUAUACUACAGCUAAGGAAUAUGCAGAUCAACUUGGUAUUCCAUUCUUAGAAACAUCUGCAAAAAAUGCUUUGAAUGUAGAACAAGCAUUUAUGACAAUGGCUGCAGAAAUUAAAAGUAGAGUAGGACCACCCUCGAGUGGAGCAAGUGAUCCAGCAAACAAGGUUAAGAUAGAACAUGGACGUCCUAUUGAGUCGUCUAAAUCUGGGUGCUGCUGAGAAAUGUAAUUUUGAUUCUCUUUUACCAAAAAAACACAUGUUAUGAAAAGCAGUUUUAUACUGCAACAAUUAAACUCAUCACCAGAGACAAAAAAUAUGGAAAAAAGUCUUCAGUUAAUAUUAAUAGAUAUGAAGUGUGAAAUGUUGUCACAUAUGGACCACCAACUCUAUUACAGAGUUAUGCAACAAUUGUUUGGCCGAAAUCUUUUUUUAAGGGUGAAAAACAUGAUUACUCAAAUAUGAUUAUUUAGUAUGGAAGUGAACAAUAUAUAGAAAUGUCGACUUAGUAUUACAAUAUUCAAAUGCGCAAAAUGCGUAUAUGGGCAAUUCAAAUUUAAAAAAUAAAUUAAAUAAGUUUCUGUAUGAAUAUUAGAAAAAUAAGCACUUUGAGUUUCUAGCUUAAUUGUAACAUGUACAAUUUAUAGUUAUUGGCCCUAUAUACCUGCUUCUCUCCCCUAUAUGAUCCAAACAAUUUUUGAAAUGUCAGAGAAUUACGUUAUUUUCCUGUUGAAAAUUUAUUGUUUUAUGCAUUUUUUUCUCUCUGAUUAAUAACGUAAUUUAAUAUAAUAUUAAUAAAUAUUUCAACACUAAUAUACAGACACAUACAUAUGUUACAUACUUAUAUGUAAGGUGAACGUUAAUAUGUUAAAAUAACAAUAAGCACCUGCACGCUUCUUACAUUGUAUAUUACAUGGAAGAUGCUUAUAUUUGUAAAAAUUUCUUUGUGUAACUUUGACUUUGGUUACAUAUCUAAAAUCGACAUUUCACAAAUAUUCAACCAUACAUUUUAACAAUAGACUUAUUGUUCUGUUGCGUGUGUAUUAGUAGAAGUACAAUUCGUGAAAUGUUGAUUUCAAUAAAUAUCUUUUCAAAUUUUA